AUGAAACCAAUACCCUUCCCAUUUGCCCUCAAUAUCGGCACAGACGUCGUCCACCUUCCCCGAAUAACCGCUCUCCUCAUGCGCCGGGGUAACUACCUAACACGCUUCACCCGCCGCAUUCUCUGCGACCAAGAACAACGCGACUUCCACCACCGCUUCAAAGAGUCACUAUCCCUUCAACCGCAAAGCCAGAACACGUCCUCUACACCCCAACGCUCCUCAUUCAUUACAGCGGACAUGACGCGCUGGCUCGCGGGUCGCUUUGCAGCGAAGGAAGCUGCGCGCAAAGCUGCCCCGGACGGAGCAGCUUCGAUUGGGUGGAAGGAUGUUAUGGUUCGGGUGCAGGAGGCAUCGGACUCGGACUCGAAUACGGGUGUGACUACGGGUUUUGCACAGUCUCAUAUGGUUGAUGGGGUUAGUCGCAGGCCAGAGAUUGUGUAUUUGGGGACUGCAAAAGAUGGGAGUGACAGUCGGGUUGGACGGCUUUCUAUUUCUCAUGAUGGGGAGUAUGUCGUUGCGACUGUUUUAGCUGCGGGUUGA